AUGGUGACAUUCUGUUCUCGGAUUUCUGUUAUCACUGUUAUGACAGUGGCGUUUCUGCUUUCUGUUAAUGGAGUCCCAGCUCCCAGACCAAUGAGAUCGCCUCCAAGACCUCCUAAAGUAGCCUUGCGACCUCCACCUUUACGUGCUCUGAAAGUGCCGCCUCCACCUGGGGAGUUCCAUCACCUGCUGCCACCUGCCGACCUUUUGCAUUACUUUGGAACCAAGAACAAACACGAAGUCCCAGAAUACACCAUCACGUCUCCCAAACAAGUCACCGGAAGUCGACAUCGCCGGGAUGUUUACUCCAAAAAAGACAGGCUUGAGUAUCAUGUGACUGCUUUCGGGAAAACUUACGAGCUAAUUUUAGACCACAACAAUGAUCUUAUUGCACCAGGCUGUGUGGCAGAGAAGUUCUUCAACGGAACCAAACAGAUUAUCCCUUGUCUUGUGGCCAACCCCGGAACAGAUAAAUCAGAUAGCGACUGUUUCUACACUGGCUAUUCGAGAUCUCAUAACCAGUCUACAGUAGCCAUUUCCACUUGUGCUGGACUGCAUGGCAUCAUUAGCAUUCCCGAAGACGACCAUGACCUGGUCAUCAAGCCAGUCAAGGAACACCACUCCAGCCGAGCUAGAAGAAGCGCAGGAGACAAUCCACACGUUGUGUUUAAAAGAUCUGCUCAGAGUAAAGCUUGUGAAGGAGUAGCUGAUAUUGAAGACGCCAUCUUACGGGGAGCUCAGCAGAAAUCAGCUGGAGGCAUCUCUGUUCACAGCGCCAAGAAGAGAUCCGCCGAUGAGCUGUUCAUGGAGCUGCUGCUUGUUGCUGAUAAAACUUUGUACCACGCCCAUGGAGCAGAUCUUCACAACUUUCUUUUGGCCAUCACCAAUGUGGCUGCAGCCAGAUUCAUGGACCCAAGUCUAGGCCAAACUCUCCACCUUUCUGUAGUUAAAAUUAAAAUCCUACAAGAUGACCAACCGGACCUUGAGAUAGUGGAGGAAGCUCGGUAUGGCUUGAAGAGCUUCUGCGAAUGGCAGGAGAGAGAUAACCCAGCACUGGACUCUGACCCCUUACAUUAUGAUGUCGCCGUGUUGUUUACUAGAGUUGAUCUCCAGCACGGAGCCAGUGGACAUUCUACAGUGGGGCUGGCCAACGCUGGUGGAGUGUGCAAUGCAGGAAGUCGCUGCGCCUACGUGGAGGACACUGGCAUAGAUACAGGUCUAACAUUAGCUCAUGAGAUUGGUCACACACUGGGCUUGUCACACGAUGGUUCUCAGAAUACAUGCAGUGACAGCAAAAAUGUCAUGGCCUCUGCCGGUGCCACUGGACCAGACAGUUUUAAAUGGUCAUCUUGCAGCCAAGCAUCAUUUCUGAACUUUCUCAGAUCUGGUCGAGCAUCUUGUUUGAACGACGUCCCUACACACCACGAGGAACUGCCCAAAGAUCUCCCAGGUGUAGUGUAUGACGCAGAUGACCAGUGUCGUCUCUGGAUCGGUACCAAAUACUACAAUCACUCGGAUCCUUGUGGCCAACUUUGGUGUGUAGAUCCUGUCAACGCUGAUGGUAUCAUCAAAUCUGGGAGUGCCAUGAUGGACGGGUCAAUGUGUGGACAGAGAAAGUAUUGUAUUAACGCUGAGUGUGUCGACAUUGGUGCCAACGGUCCUCAACCUGUUGACGGAGGAUGGUCUGCUUGGCCUACUCACUGGUCCGAGUGUUCAAGAACUUGCGGAGGAGGCAUUCGAACGAAAGUUAGAACCUGUGACAACCCAAAGCCGAGAUUUGGUGGAAAAGAUUGUGAAGGGGAGAGCAUCAAGACAAAUUUAUGCAACGUUAAGGCAUGUAACACUUCCGAAGCCAAAUUCAAAGAGUUGCAGUGCCAGGCUACUAAAGAUCAAACAGUGGAUGGACAUGUGUAUGACUGGCUACCAUGGGAUCAAGCUGGUGCCCAGCAGUGCUACCUCCUCUGCCAGACUAAUCCCGGGGAUAGGAUCUUCAGACGUACACUGGAAGGCAGUAAGAACUACAAGGAUGGCACCUCAUGUGUUGGUGACCAACACCACGACUUCUAUCGAUGUGUCAAAGGAACUUGCCAGGCCCACAGCUGUGACGGUCAUUCUGAUUCCAUGUACAAAUUUGACAAGUGUGGAGUGUGUGGGGGCUCUAACGACACCUGUGUGGUCAAGAAAGGAACCAAAACUCAAGGGGAGCCCCAGAAAUGGUCAACUAUUAUUCAGCUACCUCGCGGUACAACUGGAGUACAGUUAAGAAACAAAAACAGAAUGGCCAAAAUGACUCUGUCAGUUAACGGUAAACCAAUCAUCAACGAGGACCCCAGCAUGCCCUCCCCUUCCCAGACCUACAGCAAUGACGGCGUGACCUUCAACUACCGCAAGGGGGAGACAGGCGAGGAUGAGGUCAUCGAUGUUGUUGGUGCUUUGGGUGAAGAUGUGGAGGCCCAGGUUUUCACAUUUUUCGCUGACCAACGUUUCCAGCCAGACGUCAGCUACGAGUACAACGUCCCAGUGUCAGACGUCAGGACGUACGAGUGGAGAACGACCAAUACCGACUGUAACGUACAGUGUGGCGGAGGCAACUAUUUGGUUGAAAUUCUGUGCCACAGAAUCAGUGACAAUGAAGCCGUUGAGGACAAGUUCUGUAACAUCUUCCACAAGCCUGACUCUCUGGGAGCACCGUGCAACCCUCAGCCAUGCGAACCCGAGUGGCAAGCAAGCGAGUGGGGAGCCUGUAGUAAAAACUGUGGCUCAGGUUCUCAAACCAGACAAGUGAAUUGUGUGCAGAAAGCAAAUGGCGGCUUUACAGUCGUGGCAGAGAAUCAGUGUCCUGGGGAUAAGAAGCCAGCCGACAAUCGAGUCUGCAAUGUCCUCGCUUGUGACGCGCAUUGGGAAACAUCGUCCUGGUCCAGUUGUUCAAUGACCUGUGGUCGCGGUGUUCAGUCCAGACAAGUGAAGUGUGUGAGUGGUCAAAGUGAUGUCUCUGAGACCAACUGCAAGGAGACAAAACCCGAGAGUACACAGGCCUGUGUGGUGACAGUUUGUGACACCAAUAUCGCUGCGAGUGACUGCAAGGACCUCAGCUCUGAUUGUGGAGGCUAUGGUUUGACUCUUUGCAGUGAAUACGGUGACUGGGCCAAGACUAACUGUAAACUGACUUGCAGCUUCUGCUCAGCUUCAACAAGUGUUGUGGCAUCAGUAUGUGAAGAUAAGAGUAAAGACUGCACAUCUUAUGGAACAAGUGUUUGCACUGGAGAGUUUGCUGACUGGGCUUCAGAGAACUGCGCCAAGUUCUGUGGAAAGUGUACUUCUGCAGUAGAAAGCACUACUUCCUCAGCUUCAACCUGUGUAGACAAAAGCACUGACUGUGCUGGGUAUGGACAGACUGUGUGCACUGGAGAGUACGCCCAAUGGGCAUCCGAAAACUGCGCGGCUUUAUGUGGCCUCUGCAGCUCCAAAGAGGCACAAACCCCUGAUGCAUCAUGUGUUGAUGUCAGCCCGGACUGCAGCGGAUAUGGAGCUAGUAUUUGCCAAGGAGAGUACGCCGAUUGGGCCAAGAGCAAUUGUGCAAAGCACUGCGGGCUCUGCACUUCAUCAGCUGCUUCCCAGCCAACAGCGCAGAGCUGCACUGAUGUCAGUAGUGACUGCGCGGCAUACGGAGCAAGCAUAUGUGGCGGAGACUAUGCAGAUUGGGCUAAAGCUAAUUGUGCCAAUUAUUGUCAUCUGUGCAACACAGUUUCUGAUGCCUCAGCAGCAGCCAGUACCUGUGCAGAUAAGAUAGCCGACUGUGUGGACUACGGUCAGAAUGUUUGCACCAACGAAUACGCAGCCUGGGCGAAAGAAAACUGUCAGAAAAUGUGCGGCUUUUGUUGAUGGACUGUCUGUCUGACUGACUCAAUCUUAAAGCAACGAAAUCCUUUUUUGUUUACAUAUUAUAGCAUUAGGCUAGCUUCCAUUUUAGUGUCAGACUUUGAGUUUCUUCAUUGAAAAUACUCUACAGCAGUUUCUUUUGUUUCUUCUAAUCUUUAAUGGAGUAAAUAUUUGAUCUUUUUAGUUUUUUCUCCCUUUCAAUUUUCGCCAGUACCUACGAACAAUUAUUUUAAUUAUACUGCCAAUGACUUUAGUAUCGUCUACCAGUCUACGGGUAUCUCCAACCAGUACAUACAUUAACCACCCGGAAUACACGUACCUAACAUAGAAAAACAUUUUCUACAUCUAUUGAAGAUUUCUUUAUUUCUGUGUCUCAAAAGCUCUCAUAACUCAAAACGUAUCAAUUGUAUUCUUACAUUAGCUUUUUGAACAGUGUUUAGAAGAACGCGUUAAGCUCCUUAACAAACAUGUUAGAACCUGUAUCAAUUUAGUUGUCAGAUUUCUAUGCAUCGUAAGAAAAUAGAUUGUAGUUUGUACGUUUUUUUUUAAAAUGUAUAUUACAAAAAAAAAUUGUUACAAUUUUUAAGCCUUUUAACAAUUAUAUAGAAAUAAAAUUGAAACAAAUAAAUGCUUGA